AUGGGGCAGAAGCGCACACCAUGUAACAUGGACAAAAUAGGUUCCUCAGUGGUUGGCAGGAGAAACGGCCAGGGCGCACUGAGCAGGAAGGAGACAAAGCUAGAAAGAUGUCUGCAGAGUCGUCAGGGCGAUAUUGAAGAUUUGAAGUCAAACAUUUCCAGUGAUUCAUUGAAGACCAGAGACUUCUCAGACCUCUGGGAUGAGGAAGAACUGGACAGCACUGAAGACGAAGGAACCAACUCUACAGAUGAACGAUUAUAUGGUGUUCUAACGCCUCCACCACCUCCUCCUCCUCUCGACCAAAAACGCUUCCUAGCCACCCCGAAGAGAGCUGCCAAUAAAUGUGCCACCCUGAAGCUUCACUGGAGGGCUCUGCCGAGUUUGGUCCCACUUCCCAGGAGGACUCGCUUUGGAACUCAGACCAUUUGGGCCGGACUGGAGCCAGUCCACUUGGAUACGGAUUGGCUGGAGUUGCUGUUUGAAUGGAAGGGCAAAAGCACCUGCUUGAGUGUGGCCUGUGAGCAGCGGAAACAAGCGGUAGUGUCAGUGUUGGGAAUGACGAGGAGUAACAACAUCACUAUCACCAUGAGCCGUCUGCCACCCCUGCGUCUCCUUCCCCCUGCUAUAUACAGCAUGGACAUCAGUGUGCUGGACCGAGAGGACAUUCAGCGGCUUCAAACUCUUAUCCCAACCGAGGAAGAGCUCUGUCUGAUCAAAGAGGCUAAGACUCAGAACCCCAGUUGCCCUCUGGCCACAGCCGAGCUCUGCCUUCAGGCUUUGGGCGAAAUCCCUCAUCUGAGCUCCAGGCUUAACCUAUGGGCCUUCGCAUUGGAUUACGACUCUUUGGAACAGGAGAUCGCCGAGCCACUCUUCCACCUGAAAGUGGCCAUGGAGCAGCUGGUAGCUAGCGAGACCUUCAGACACAUUCUUGCGACAGUGUUAGCCAUUGGUAACUUCCUCAACGGAUGUAAGGCUCGCGGUUUCGAGUUGAGCUACCUGGGCAAGCUGUCCCAGGUGAGGGACACACGUUCCCGCCAGCCUCUGCUGCAUCAUGUAUGCGUGCUCCUGUUGCAGCUCUACCCACAGUCCUCGGAUCUCUACUCGGAACUGACAGCGGUUAGCAAAGCUGGCAAGUGCGACUACUCCGUGGUCCAAGCCAAUCUAGACCACCUCGGUGACGUCUGCAGAGUUUCAUGGCAGCAGAUGAAGAUGUUAGAUAGAGCAGAGGAAUGUAAAUUGUCAAAGGGGGAGCAGAGGAGACUGUUAGUGGGAGGAGGUGAACGCUUAGGACAGAAUGGGGCGCUCCGUCACAAGCUUUCCCAUAUCCUGAAGGAGUGUGAGGACAGGAUGAAGGUCUUGAGAGCUGUCCAUCGCAGGGUUGUCAACCGGUUCCACUCAUUCCUCUUGUUCCUGGGUUACUCUAAAGCAAUGGCACGAGAAACCAGAGCAGAGGACUUCUGUAGAACAAUAAGUAACUUCUCUCUCGAGUUCCGGGCCGCUCAGCAGACCAUUCUGCUUCAGAGGGAGCGUGCAGCUGCAAGUCCAAGUCCAAACACUCCUGCAAGAAGAGGGAAACCAUCUCCAAAACAUGUACAAGCACACGACCGGGCAAAAAUUGCAAAGAAACAAGGCUCUGUGUUACUUAAUCAGGAAAGUGAGCAACACCGCAAUCUGGAGGCCGUGCUGACUUCAACCGAUUUCACCUCCAAGCUGGAUGUGACGCUCCCUCGGCACCGCAGGAGGAUGCUAAACAAUCAAGGUCCACUCUCAGCAAAAUUGAAGUGGUAACCCUGCUGGUGGAGAGCUAACCAGAUGAUGUGACAUCUCAAAUAUAUAGUUUGAACAGUUAACUUUACAUACAACAACUUGAGACGACAUAGAGCUAUAGACUAGCGCAGUGUUCUUCAACCACUGUACCGCGGCACACUAGUGUGCCGUGAGAUAUUGUCUGGUGUACCGUGGGAAAUUAUGCAUCUUCACCAAAUCAAUAAUUAUACACUGCAAAAACUGAAAUCUAAGUAAGAUUAAAUAUCUCAAAUAAAGGUGAUAUUUGCUUAUUUUCUGUCUGAUAAGAUAAUUCUUCUCACUAAGCAGAUUUUAUGUUAGAGUGUUUUACUUGUUUUAAGGGUUUUGGUCCUAAAUGAUCUCAGUAAGAUAUUACAGCUUGUUGCUGAGAUUGUAUGACCUAUAUUGAGUAAAACAUGCUUGAAACUAGAAUAUCAACUGUUGCAAAGCUGUGUCAUCAACACUCACAAGUAUAAAACUACUUUUUUAAAGUAACAAUUUCUUAUUUCAAGCAUGAAAAAAAAAUCAUGACUUUGACACAAUUGUGUCUCAUAUUAAAACAGAUGACAGCCAAAUGAACUUUGCUGUUUUAUU